AUGCUGCAAGAUUCCGACGCAUAUUUUGCCGAAAAUGAAAUAUACCAGACCUGCGACGUUCUCUCAGAAAAAGGCCGACUUGCACAAUCUCAGGGGCCGUAUAUCUGGGUACAUCCAUAUGCUCCACCUUUCCCAAUGCUUAGAGAAGUAAAACCCAAAAACCCGCGCACUGCGCGUAUUCUCAAGGCGCGGGAACCUCAACUCAUCGAGCCAGUCAAGCGCACCCAACUACUACACGGGCCCAAAUGCCCCAUACCCUUGAACACCGUCCUCAAAACAUUCCAUGCCCUCACGAAACCGCACUCAGUCCUCUUUGCUAAGAAAAACGAAAACAUCCAUCCCUUCGAGAAUGCCGAAGGAAUUGAGUUCCUUGCUGGGAAAAACGAAUGCGGCAUCGUUGUCUUCGGAAGCAGCAGUAAGAAACGGCCUAACUGCGUAACGCUAGUACGUAUUUAUAAUUCCAAGGUGCUAGAUAUGUGUGAGAUGCUGUUGCUCGCCGGUCAAGGGCAUCAAGGGAAUGAAAUGGGAAAGGAGGAGAUGAAGAGCAUGAAGUUGAAUAUUGGGGUUGGCAUGAAGCCGAUGAUGCUAUUUGCUGGCAGUGCUUGGGAGGACGCUACAUCGCCUGUUUAUGCGAUGCUGAAGAGUAUAUUUUUGGAUAUGUUUAAAGGGGAGGAGACAGAUAAGAUUGAUGUGGAAGGCUUGCAAUAUCUGCUCUCGAUUGUGGCGGAGGAGCCUGUGGAAGGAUCCCAGCCUGUUAUUCAUUUGAGGUGGUAUAAGAUUCGGACAAAAAAAAGUGGGCAAAAGCUUCCGCGUGUGGAGCUGGAUGAAGUUGGGCCGAAAUUUGAUUUUAGAAUUGGAAGGAUGCGAGAGGCGGAUCAGGACGUCAUGAAGGAGGCUAUGAAACAAGGAAAGAGGCCGAAUGAGGAGGCGAAGACGAAAAAGAAUAUCGGUAUGGAUGCUAUUGGUGAUAAGAUUGGCCGGGUUCAUCUUGGUCGCCAAGAUAUUACUGGUUUGCAAACGAGGAAGAUGAAAGGGCUGAAACGGAGAGCUGGUGUUGUUGCUGUUGAUGGUGAUGGUGAUGGUGAUGUGGACCUUAUGGAUGUGGAUGAGAUGACUGAUGACGAUAAUAGAAAAAAAGUGAAGGUGGGUUAA